CUGCAGGGUGAGGGGGAGAAGAAGAAGAAGGAGCAGCAAGGGAGGGACAGAAGGUGGAGGAGGUUGCUACGGAGGGAGAGAGGAUUUGUCACUGUAAGGGAUCUAGCCUGUCCUUAUGGAGGAAUAAGAGUGAUCGGGGGUGAAAAGCAAGAGAAAGGAGGGCUCUUCAGUCGCCUUAUUUGUAGGGAGAUCUCUAGCCAAAAGAAGGAUGCAUUUUGCCUUUGGAAUUAUACAUGGUGCAGGGCUUCUGCUGCUCAUCACCCAGGCUGCUCUGGGCCAGCGGUGGCGCAGAGAAUUUGAGGAUGAAAAACCAGUUGAUUUAGAAAGCUCUGGAGAUGAUGACUUCAUUGAUGAGGAAGAAGCUGAUGAUGUAUAUUCUGGAUCGGGAUCUGGUGAUUUUGAAUGGGAAUCCAGGCGGGAUUCGGGGGUUAGGUAUACAACAGAGACCCCCAGUUUACCCCCGACAGCCACAGCGCUAAAACCAGCACCUACUGUAUAUGUCAUUUCCCCUGUACAAACAACAUGGCUUCCUCCUACAACCCAAGCCACCAUUGUACAUCGACACCAUCCAUGGGCUCCUCCUGAAGAACCAGAAAUUCCUUCCAUGACUGCUGCCUCCACUCCCACUACUCCUACCAAAGAAGAGGCAACCACUGCUGGUGUAACCCCAGGACCUGUCAGGACAACACAAGUACACAAAUUUCAACCUGCCAUUGCUGUUUCCACGUCUACAACACCAAUGCCUAGUCCCACAGAAGAAGAGACUGAAAUGUGGGAAGAUACAACUGAAAGUGUGGUAGCUAGUCCCAGUCAGGAGACCAGUAGGCUAUGGCCUACUGAGGAUGAGAGGACUGUUCAGACAACUGCUGCAGAUGAAAGUGACAUUGAGAAUCUAGACAAAGAGACAUCCACUCAGCAAUCACAGACAGACAGCUGGGAAGUGACAAUAGCCACUGCUCGUGACAAUGAAGUAGAGAUUCCUGUCAGUGGAGGGCCAAGUGGGGACUUUGAGAUCCAAGAAGAAGACAGCAAAUCUCAGACACAACCACCCACAAUAUUCGACCUGGGAAAUGAAGUACUGCCACCAGGAACAGCUCCCACUGACCAUGGUCGAGGAAGGAAGGCAGAUACUGGCCUAAUUGACAACACUAUAGAUUCUGGAAAUACAUUGGCACAAAUGCCACAAAAGAACAUUUUGGAGAGAAGAGAAGUAUUGAUAGCUGUAAUAGUUGGAGGAGUGGUCGGAGCCCUGUUUGCUGCAUUCCUAGUGAUGUUGCUGAUUUAUCGCAUGAAGAAGAAGGAUGAAGGAAGUUAUGCCCUGGAGGAGCCCAAACCAGCUAGUGUCUCAUACCAGAAACCGGACAAUCAUGAGGAGUUUUAUGCAUAGUCAGGGGAACAUGACCUUUUGUUUCCCUUUCAUCAGUCCCAAUGAACGGUGAGCCUGUGGACGGAUCUUACAAUCCUGGCUCCCAACUUGGAUGGGGGCUCUGUCUUUUUUCUAGAUCGCAACUACCUGAAGUGUGAUAUCAUAAAGUGUUGUCCAAUCUGGAUACUCCACCAACCUUUGGAAGUAGAAAAUGUUCCUAUUGUCUGACUCCACCCGUUCCUUUAUGCGUUUGUAAACUGUAAAUGCCCACAACUGCCACGUGCUUCCUUGAGGGUUCUUCUAACAUGCUUGACUGAUUUUCUUCUCUGUGGCCAUUGUGUAGCAGAUUCCGGGACCCAUAAAAGCACAAGUGAUACCCACUAAUUCAGUAUUGGCAUAUGGCAUAUGGAAUACUUAUCUGCCAGCACAGGGGCACAGUUUUUUUUUUUUUAUAUUUCCAAAGUAGGAUGUUUAUGUAGAUGCUGAAUGAAAUCUUCAAUAUCAUGUAAAACUGUAUUUAUCAAUUUAAUACAUUUAUAUUGAUUAUAUUGCAGUCCGACCACAGGCUUCACCAUUAAACUGUAAAUAGGUUCUUGUGUAAAUUAAUAAAAUGCUAGCAAGUCUAAUUAGAAAGGAAGCAACACAGCUUUUUUAACAUUUAAUGAAAACAUUCUAAAGCAAUUAUGUUAUUAUGUGGGUGUGAAGAAUGAAAUAUGGAGAAAUCUUUUUGAUUUAAAAUGGUACAGUGAUGGAAAGAGAUAAUAAAUUAACUUUGGUUACGUGUAGUGCCAUAAGAUGCAGCCUUGGUUUAACCAAUAUUCUACCCUCAAAU